GGCGGUUGCUAAGCGGCGGCGGAGGCUCCGGCGCGCCGGGUACUUGCUGCUGCGGCUCGGCCUGCGCCUGGGGCUUUCCCACUUUUUCGGGCCGCCUGGCGCUCUGUGACCAUGCUGCGCCGGGCUUGGGGCUUCCUGCUGCCCACCUUGGCGGGCCAGGAGUAUGACUCCGACCGCCACUUUGACGAGCUCUUCCGGAAGCUGAACCGCCACGGGCGCGGGAUGGUGGACAUCAAGGAGCUGCAGAAAGGACUGGAAAGCAUGGGCAUCCCUCUGGGUCAGGACAAGGUAAUUGAACAACCUGUUACUAAUGGCAAACGUAAACUGCUGACCCUUGGCACAUUUAUACAGUACCUUAGAGAUAAUGAGAAAACAAUGAAGAUGACUUUUAAGAGUUUGGACAAAAAUAAUGAUGGAGUGAUUGAUGCUUCAGAAAUUAUCUAUGCUUUCAAGUUAAUAGGUAUAAAUAUUCCUAAAAAAGAAGCAGACAAGAUUCUUGCAAGCAUGGAUAUUGAUGGGUCAAUGACAGUGGACUGGACAGAAUGGAGGAAGUAUUUUUUACUUGAACCUGUAAAAACUGUUGAGGAAGUUCUACAUUACUGGAACCGUUUUACUGGAAUUGAUAUGGGGGAUAGAUGGUCUUUUCAUAAGUUAGUUGAUGAAGAAAGAAAAUCUGGCAUGUUGUGGAGAUAUCUGAUAGCUGGAGGCAUAGCUGGCACUUGUGCUCGGACGUGCACGGCGCCAUUGGAUCGCCUAAAGAUCCUGAUGCAGGCUCACAGCUUAGACACAAAGAAUAUGAAUAUAAUAAGCCGCUUAAUAGAGAUGGUGAAAGAGGGCGGAAUAAUUUCUUUGUGGAGAGGAAAUGGUGCGACUGUUCUCAAGAUUGCUCCUGAAACAGCUGUUAAGGUCUGGUCAUAUGAACAGUAUAAGAGGUUUCUUAUUAAAGAAGGAUACAAAUUAGGAAUUCUUGAGAAAUUUGCUUCUGCUGGUUUGGCUGGUGCGACUUCACAGCUUUUAAUUUACCCUUUGGAGGUUUUAAAAACUAAUUUGGCCGUAGGUAAAACUGGACAGUACUCUGGGUUGUUGGAUUGUGCCAGGCAUAUUUGGAAGCUGGAAAAGGGUAGAGGCUUUUACAGAGGCCUUGUUCCUAGUCUUUUGGCUGUCAUUCCAUACGCGGGCAUAGAUAUUACUACUAACGAGACGUUGAAGACUUAUUGGCUAAAAACCUUUGCAGAAGACCCUAAGUUGGUGAUUUUGCUGGGAUGUAGUGCCUUUUCUAACUUUUGUGGGCAGUUUGUCAGCUACCCCCUGUUAUUAGUGAGAACUCAUAUGCAGCUCCAAGUCGGACUAGGAGUCCAACAGCUAACCAUGAUCAGCUUCUUUUCUGAAAUUUAUAAAAGGACUGGAGUGAUAGGACUUUUCAGAGGCAUGACUCCAAAUUUCUUAAAGUUGCUUCCUUCAGUAUGGGUAAACUGUGUGGUUUAUGAGUCAAUAAAGCCAUCGUUGGGAAUAUUUUAGAAAUGAGAAAUCUU